AUCGUGGGGUCCCAUGGACUUGUCGUUCGUGUGUAGAACUGUGGAUCUCGUACGUGGGCUGAGUUGGUGUAUUUUUUUUUGUUUGCGGACGCUGAGUUGGUGAUUUUUCGUACGUGGGCUGAGUUGGUGGGCUGCUGCGUGCGUGUGGCAGUUCGGGCGACGAAGGGAGGGGGAUCGAUCGAGGUCGAACCAUCACGACGUUCGAUCCCCCUUUAAUAGUAGAGAUAUACAACUAUUUUGUUACAGUUAAUACAAAUCAUAUUAUCCAGUAUCAUGGCCACCGAGGAGGAUGUUAAGCAGCGGCAGAUCGUUGAAGACCGUGCAAGAAAUAUUAGCCACAAUGUCCGGUGCACUGAGUGUGGCAGCCAGUCCAUUGAAGAUUCACAAGCAGAUGUUGCAGUUCUCCUUAGAAGGCUAAUUCGCGAUGAAAUAAAAUCUGGCAAGAGUGAUAAGGAGAUAUACAAAAAAAUAGAAGACAACUUUGGAGAAACAGUUCUAUAUGCCCCUAAAUUUGAUAUUCAAACUGCCACUAUAUGGUUAUCGCCGGUCAUUGUGGGUGGGGUUGCAGCUGGUGUCUGGGCUUACCAAAAGCAUAGGCAAGGGACUAACGUUCACAUUAUGGCUCUGAACCUUGUCCGAUGGGUUCCCCUGACUCCAAGGGACAAGGAGACGAUGAUUGGUAUCCCUACACCGCCUCUGCUAACUAGGAGAUGGUGGUGGACUGUCAAGUGAUGUUCAUGUCCUGCGAUACAACAUAUAGUACUAAUUUGCAGUGUUAGCAUCAUAUGGAUGACCAGGAUGGCUGAAUUUGGCGCAUUACUUUGGUCUACAUCUCACAUCCUUGAAGCUUCGACUACGAAUGUUUGGUUUAACCAGAUGCUUGGGAGGCCUUUCGCAGAUGCUGCAGUUCGCAUGGAGGUUGUGGGGUAUUGGAAGUUUAAAGGACAGCCUACUCUUUAAGUGUAGGGGUAGUUGUUUACUUCCCAGGUGUGCUGUUGAACUGACAAGCAUGUAUCGCCGCUGCUGAUCCUCAUGUAACAGAACUUUGUCCCCAGAAUAAGCAACUCGCACGACUUCUUAUUUCCUUUGACAUUCACUCUAACAGAUCCUCUGUAUGGUUCUCUGUUGAUACGUUUCCAACAUAUCUAUAAUUUUUUAUUGUUCCAUGCUAUU